AGGAGUUGGGCCUAACCCUGGGCUCCUCCUCCUACCAACUCUCACUGACUUCCUGACCCUCCUGCAGCCCCGGGACGAUGAAUGCAACUUGCAACAGCAGCGUGUGGAGUGAGUCAGUCAGCUACGUCUUCGGCAUCUACUCAGUUUUGCUGCUGGUGCUGGGACUGCUACUGAAUGGCCUGGCACUCUGGGUAUUCUGCUGGCGCAUGCAGCAGUGGACGGAGACCCGAGUCUAUAUGACCAACCUAGCUGUGGCUGACCUCUGCCUACUCUGUUCCUUGCCAUUCAUGCUGUACUCCCUGAGACACACUUCAGACACACCAAUCUGCCAGCUCUCACAGGGCAUCUACCUGGUCAACAGGUACAUGAGCAUAAGCUUGGUCACUGCUAUUGCUGUAGACCGCUAUGUGGCAGUGCGGCAUCCGAUACGUGCCCGUGAGCUUCGGUCCCCACAACAGGCCGUUGCAGUGUGUGUGACCCUCUGGGUGGCAGUGGUCACCUCCCUGGUAGUGCGCUGGCGCCUGGGGCUGCAGGAGGGUGGUUUCUGCUUCAGGAGCCAUACCCGGCACAACUUCCGCACCAUUGCCUUCUCACUCCUGGGCUUCUACCUGCCACUGGCCAUAGUGGUCUUCUGCUCUUUGCAGGUUGUGACUGCGCUGGUGCAGAGGCCAACCACUGAUGUAGUGCAGGCAGAGGCCACCCGCAAGGCCACCCGCAUGGUCUGGGCCAAUUUGGCUGUGUUUAUCAUCUGCUUCUUACCACUGCAUGUGGUCCUGACCGUGCAGGUCUCCCUGGGCCUGAACACCUGUGCUACCCGUUACACCUUCGGGCGUGCCCUGUCCCUCACAAGCAGACUCUCAGAUGCCAACUGCUGCCUGGAUGCCAUCUGUUACUACUACAUGGCCAAGGAGUUCCAAGAUGCAUCCAUGUCAGCCACCACCUCCAAUACACCGCACAAGAGCCAAGAUUCUCAGAGCUUGACCCUCACCUAG